AUGAAGAGUGGGAGUGUGGAAGACCCAGAGGAGGAGGUGACACAGAGAGGCAGAGAGAAAGAGAGGCAGAGAGGCUACAUGUUCACCCUGCCCGUGGGCCAUGGAUUUGAACCAGGUGGAGCCAGUACAAAGGAACUUCUUUCGGGAACUACGGAUCCCAGAAUGCUUUUCAUCGCUUUUGUUGCCGGAAAGUCCCUGAUAAAGAUGUUGAACCAGAAUGAAAUCAGAAGAGAUGCCGUACCAGGAGAAGGAGCAGGCUCGGAGGCUGAGGGCAGAGUCGAGCCAUACCACUUAGAGUCGCACUGUGGAGUGGGGGUGGUGGACGCGGCAGAGAGGUUCCUGCGGGCGGAGCUGGAGCUGAAUGCGCACCUGCGGCGGCUGACCUUUGGAGGGGCGGUGCGCUACAUCUACAACCCGCUGGAGUACGCUUGGGAGCUGCACAGCCUCUACGUCCGCACCUACUGCCAUGAGGGCCAGAGCGUACUCUUCCUGGGCAUGAACCCGGGUCCCUUUGGCAUGGCUCAGACUGGGGUCCCGUUCGGCGAGGUGAAGGUGGUCCGCGACUGGCUGCGGAUCAGGGGGGAGGUGGGCCGCCCAUCAGUGGAGCACCCGAAGCGGCCAGUCCGGGGCUUGGCGUGUGCGCAGAGCGAAGUGAGUGGCGCGCGCUUCUGGGGCCUGUUCCGCCGGCUGUGCAGCGAGCCGAACACCUUCUUCCGCCACUGCUUCGUGCACAACCUGUGUCCCCUUGUCUUCAUGGACGCUGGUGGCAAGAACCUGACGCCACCCGAGCUGCCGGUAGCUGAGCGCGAUGCCCUGCUAGGGCUGUGCGACGAGGGCCUGUGCCAGGUGGUGCGGGCGCUGGGGGUGUCCACUGUCAUUGGUGUUGGCCGGGUGGCAGAGCAGCGGGCACGCCGGGCCCUGGUGGCUGCUGGCCUGCGGGUGCGCGUGGAGGGCCUCAUGCACCCCUCCCCCAGGAACCCCCAGGCCAACAAGGGCUGGGAGGAUGUUGCCCAAGCACGGCUGCAGGAGUUGGGCAUCCUUGAGCUCCUUGGAGCAUGAUCGCCUCUCACGGCUGCCACACCCAGCGAGGCCCACCCUCUGCCUGCCCCAGUGGUCAAUCACAUGCCGCCUCAUAUCUUGUGCAGGUAUGGGUGUUGUGUUG